CGCAGUUGCACGUCACGCAGAAUUUGAUCUCUGGGUCGAGUCAAAAUAAAAAAGCUUUUGUUCUUAUUCGAUAACUUUAUGUACAAAGGAUCCUAAUGGAUGGAGAGUCUUCUCUGGAAAGCUAUUUUGACCAUUCGAUUGCCAAUGACUCUUCUGAGUGCCCCUAUACCCCCAUGAUGGGCUAUGAGAGGGACCUAGGCCUGCAGGUGGACCCCCCACUCCACAGCUCCUCCUUCCUGUCCUCCGUGGGACACCAGCAGGACAAGGAUCUCUCUGAAGAUUUCUCUGGGGUUGAUCUCAGCUUCCUCCCAGAUGACCUCACCGCUCAGGAUGAGCUGCCCCAAACUCAGGGGAUUGAGAACACACAGGACAGUGGAUUCUAUGAGGGGGGCAUGCCGGGUGAGCCUGCCCCUACUGUAGAGACCAGCCAGGCUCCCCCAGGAGCCUCCCCUUUCUGCCCCCUUCCCAUGACCCCGAUGACCCCCAUGACCCCCAUGACGCCGGUGUCUGAAAGUUCCGGAAUAGUCCCACAGCUGCAAAACAUCGUGUCCACUGUGAACCUGGCGUGCAGUCUGGACCUGAAGUCCAUAGCUCUGCAGGCCCGAAAUGCCGAGUACAACCCCAAGCGCUUUGCGGCUGUGAUCAUGAGGAUUCGGGAGCCCAGGACCACCGCGCUGAUCUUCAGCUCGGGAAAGAUGGUCUGCACAGGUGCCAAGAGUGAGGAGCAGUCACGAUUAGCUGCCCGGAAGUAUGCUCGGGUGGUGCAGAAGCUGGGCUUCCCUGCCAAAUUCUUGGACUUCAAGAUCCAGAACAUGGUGGGCAGCUGUGAUGUCUGCUUCCCCAUCCGCCUCGAGGGUCUGGUGCUCACUCACCAGCAAUUCAGCAGUGGCUACCGUCUUUCAGAGAAAUUCUUCGCCUGCAGUCUCAACAAAGAGGUAAUUCUUUCCAUCACAAAUUAGAAGAGUAGACUAAUAAUCAGUAGACUUUUCCUAGCAAUGUGGAAUCUUGAUCCAUUCCCUUUUCCCACUGAAUUUGUGGGAGAUAAACUGGGACCAGGUUAUGUAGGCAGUCACUUUCUCCUCAGUCUUGUUUAAUUCAGAAGCAAAACCCAGUCUCUUUCUUGGAUUUGAUCCAAGCUUGUUGUUUCUAUGUUAGUACAUGGGUCUUGUGUUUCCCUGUUCACACAGUGACUCAAACCACCCACCUAGAUUUGUUACCAUGAUGCCAGGAAAGGAGGCCAGGGAAGUCUUUUUUUUAACACUACCAUGAAUGCACAACAGAAGCAGAAAAAGGCCUUGCUAUCACCCUGUUUUUCCAAACCACACCUGAGUGCAGGAAAGAUUUGGCAAAGACGGAGAGGUAUUAACUAAGAAAGCACAGUAUUGACGUUUGCAGGCUCUUACAGAGCUUGCUGAGCCAAAGAUACCUCCUAAAAGUCUUUCGUAAGAUAUAACAUUUACUAUUUUUAAGAUAUAACAUAAGAUAUAAGAUUGACCAUUUUUGUGGGGCAUUUUUGAGAGACUGUUUUCCUCCUUGUAGAAACAGUGACAGAGAGAAAGCGAAGCUGUGUGUGUGUUUCAGUGGGCCCUGUAUCUGGAUGUUCUUUGGCUCUGAUCACAGAAUCCCCCCUCUAACCCCUGUGUUCCAGCUAUGAGCCCGAGCUGUUCCCAGGGCUGAUCUAUCGCAUGGUGAAGCCCCGCAUUGUGCUGCUGAUCUUCGUCUCGGGGAAGGUGGUGU